GCUGUCUGAGGGGCGCGGAGACCUGCGGGAGGGAGACGGCCGCAGCAUGGCGGCUGCCAGCGCACCGCCCUGCUCUCUGCCUUCCUGUCGCAGCCGCCUGGACCCUGAGGUCCGCAAGAGCUUGCUGUGAGCCCGCCGCGCGUCAGCCCGCCCUCCUCCCGCCCUCCUUCCCUUGUCGCCUCUGCCAGCCCGAGGGACGGCCGGGCGCACCGCGCCCACCCGCCGGGGCCCUGGGACCAUGGAGGACGUGAAAUUGGAGUUCCCCUCGCUCCCGCAGUGCAAAGACGACGCCGAGGAGUGGACUUACCCUAUGAGACGGGAGAUGCAGGAAGUUUUGCCUGGAUUGUUCUUAGGCCCAUACUCUUCUGCUAUGAAAAGCAAGCUACCUAUAUUGCAGAAACAUGGCAUAACUCAUAUAAUUUGCAUACGGCAAAAUAUUGAAGCAAACUUUAUUAAACCAAACUUUCAACAGUUAUUUAGAUAUCUAGUCUUGGAUAUUGCUGAUAAUCCAGUUGAAAACAUAAUACGUUUUUUCCCUAUGACUAAAGAGUUUAUUGAUGGAAGCUUACAAAAUGGAGGAAAAGUUCUUGUCCAUGGGAAUGCAGGUAUCUCUAGAAGUGCCGCCUUUGUUAUUGCAUACAUCAUGGAGACCUUUGGGAUGAAGUACAGAGAUGCAUUUGCUUAUGUCCAAGAAAGGAGAUUUUGUAUUAAUCCUAAUGCUGGAUUUGUCCACCAACUUCAGGAAUAUGAAGCCAUCUACUUAGCAAAAUUAACAAUACAGAUGAUGUCACCACUCCAGAUAGAAAGGUCCUUAUCUGUUCAUUCUGGUACCACAGGUAGUGUGAAAAGAACACAUGAAGAAGAUGAUGAGUUUGGAAGCAUGCAAGUAGCAACUGCGCAGAACGGCUGACCUGUGACGACUGUUAAUUGCACACUAUGGCUGCCCUCUGAGGACUGUUACUUGGGUGUGAGCUUUCAUCUGGAAAGGAGAGGAUCCUAGUGAUGAUAAUGGGAAAUGGUAAACACACAGAUACUUUGUUUUCAAUUACACUUGCUUCCAGACAUGUUUCUCUGCAACUUGCUGAGCAACACUUUAAGAUGUUGGACUUCUGCAGUAGAUGGCACUGAUGGGUGAUGGGUUUACUUUAAAAAAAAAAAAAAAAACUUUAUGGUUUUAUUAUAAACCAAGAAUUUUGGACUUGCAAAGAGGUAUUAUUGCAAUAAUGCACUUUUCAUACUUGAAAUUUAUUUGUAUGAUAUAAAGUUAUUACUUUAAACAAAAUGCAAGUUAGGGGGAUUUGUUUAUAGAUUUUGGAUAAU